CCCUGGGAGAAGAAGAGGAGGAAGGAGCUCAGCUGUGGGAAACGAAAGGAGAGAGAGAAAGCCUUGGAGGGAGAGGAGAAGGGAAGUGGCGCCUUCCAGCUCCAGGAUCCUCUGAAGGAAGGAACUGCAACUGCUGCCACCAUUGUCUCAUGAAAAUGGCAGAUAACCAUGGCGGUUCAUGUGUGUACAUGGCGAAGCUUAAUGAAUAUUGUCAGAAAUAUCGUUUACGAUUGGAAUUUCCCAUUGUCAGUGUUACAGGCCCUCCUCAUGAUCGAAUCUUUACUGCAGCAGUGGAAAUAGACAAGACACGGUAUAGUGAAGGCAAAGGAAAAACUAAGAAAGAGGCCAAAAAGCAUGCAGCAGCACUAGCCUGGGAAAUUAUACAACAAGAAAAGCCGGCAGAACGGGCUUCAGAAAUACAGCGGCAGCCUUUGCCUGCUCCAUCACCGGUGCCAUCAUUACAGGCCCCUCUGCCUGCUGCAAACAUAGUGGAACCAUCACUCAACCAUAUUUCCUGGCUUAAUGAAUAUGCAGCAAAGAACAACAAAGUUGUUGAGUACCAUUUGGAGUCUAGAGAUGGACCAGCUCAUAAGCCAGUCUUUAUCCUGUUCGUUAAAAUGGAUGGAGAAGUUUUGGGUGAAGGUACAGGAAACAAUAAACAGACAGCAAAACUUAAUGCAGCAAAAUUGGCAUAUGAAAAGUUGAUUGGCCGAACAACCUUCACGCCUGAAAGAAGUGCUACCCCUACAAAUAGUCCUGCAAACAGGGUGAUUUGUAGUUCCAAAGGAGCAUCAAAAGUGGCAUCUGUGAAAACUGUUCAAGAAGCCAUGGAUGUUGCUUUGGACACAUCAGAUAGUAUAGUUUUUCAAUACUCAAAUGGUGUACAUUUGGAUUCAGAAUGCAAGAGUACAGCUGACAAACUGGCUGAUCAAAUUGGUAGGAUUCAUCUGAAUGAGUCUUCUUCAUCCUCUCUGGCCACUCCAAAAGGAUCUGCUAUGAAGCCUAAAAGAUUGGCAGCUAACUUCUCAAUGCUGCAUCAGAAGGAAAGUCGGUACACUGUCAAUGAAGGAUUUCUGACAGAGUUUGAAAAUAUAGAGCCACUUGGGACUGGUGGAUAUGGAAAUGUUUUCAAGGCAAAACAUAAAAUUGAUAAGAAAAUAUAUGCUGUCAAGCGAGUCAAGCUUACAGAUGGGAAAGAAGAGAAAACAAAAAGAGAAGUACAAGCUUUAGCAAAGCUUGUCCAUGAAAACAUUGUUCAGUAUUUUGGCUGUUGGAUUGGGGAAGAUCGUUUUUCAUCAGAAGAUAGCAUGAGUGAUAGCAGCUCAGGGCAAGCUGUUCCGUGCAAUUGCCUCUUCAUACGUAUGGACUAUUGUGAGAAGGGAACACUGAAGAACUGGAUUGCUCAAGAGGAAGGGAAAGAAAACUAUAAUGAGGACGUGCUAAUGAAAUUCCAGCAAAUAGUGAACGGGGUGGAGUUUAUUCAUGAACAAAAAUACGUUCAUAGAGAUCUCAAGCCUUUAAAUAUAUUCAUAUCUAGAGAUAAUAAAAUAAAAAUAGGUGAUUUUGGUCUGGUAGCAUCAGGUACAGAUGAACUCUUGGAACAGCGAACACAAAACAAGGGAACAAGACUGUACAUGGCCCCUGAACAGGAGGGGAGCACUUAUGGAAAGGAAGUAGAUAUCUAUUCACUUGGAUUAAUUUUGCUUGAAAUGCUUUCCGCAUUUAAAACAGAGCAUGAGAGGACUGAGGUGAUUCAGAGUGCUAAAGAAGGCAGACUGCCAGAAACAUUCAUCAGGCAGUUUCCAAGAGAGGCAAUUCUAAUUAAGAAACUACUUUCGAAAGAGCCUUCAGAAAGACCAACAGCAAAUGGUAUUUUGAGCAUGUUAAAGAAAGACCCAUCCUACCCACAUACUUAUUAGCCAACAUUGUUCAAAACACAGUGGGAGUAUUUUGGUCUAAAGGUGAUUGUUGCUGUUGCUAAUUUGUGAAAUCUUUUAUGGAUCAAAGCUUGACAUGUCUGUGCACAAUUACCUGGGCUGUAUAUACUGGAGAUAUAUAUGAGAGAGAUUCAUUGGAUUCCAGAACAGUUUUCCAGCUUACUCAGCCCUACACACAAUAUAUCAAGUCAAACUGAGUUUUCUUCCUAAGAAGUAUAAAAGUACUUUUUUUCAUAAAGCCUGUGCAUAAUCAACAAAGGUUCAUUUACUUGAGUAAGGUAAAGGAAAAAAAAAGUUCUGCAUGCUUUUAGGAAAGUUGAAUCAUUCCACAAAGAGAGAGCUCUUAUCUAUAUAUGCAGCAUGCAUGGCAGGCAGGCAGGAAGAGAGAAGCAAGCAAUCAAGCGCAGGGAAUGAAGGAGUGCCUAUGUGAUCCAGGAAGAGAGCAGAUGGGAACAAACAAACAGGAGGUUACCAUAAAGGUGCUGUACCCCAAACUCAAGAGUGCAUA